GCCGCCGAGGGAGGAUGGUGGCGUGCAGGGAGUUGGUGAACGGAGAGUGUGACCAUGUCUGGUCGGGGCAAGGGUGGCAAGGGGCUCGGCAAGGGCGGCGCCAAGCGCCACCGCAAGGUGCUGCGCGACAACAUCCAGGGCAUCACCAAGCCGGCCAUCCGCCGCUUGGCUCGGCGCGGCGGCGUCAAGCGCAUCUCGGGGCUCAUCUACGAGGAGACGCGCGGCGUGCUCAAGGUCUUCCUGGAGAACGUCAUCCGCGACGCCGUCACCUACACGGAGCACGCCAAGAGGAAGACGGUCACGGCCAUGGACGUGGUCUACGCCCUCAAGCGCCAGGGUCGCACUCUCUACGGCUUCGGCGGUUAAACUUAACAUAGUUGUAACUCGGCGCAGUUUUAAACACCAAGGCUCUUUUCAGAGCCACCCACAAAUUUCACAAAUAGAGCUCGUAAU